CGUAGGUGAUGGAGGAGGAGGAGGAGGAAGCGCAGGCACUGCUGGCAGGCGGUCCCCACGAGGCCCGCAGCGGAGCCCCUGCCGCCUCCAGGGCGCUGUCGGCUGUCUGCGACCCCAGCCGCCUAGCGCACCGGCUUUUGGUGUUGCUGUUGAUGUGUCUUCUGGGCUUCGGCCAGUCCGUGGUGGGGUCGAGGCACUGAGCUGGGAUGACUUGUCCUGCUAGUAGUCCUGGAGGACAGCGGCUCUCCCCUGGGGACACAGGUAGCUAUUUUUGCUAUGAUAAUCCUGCUGCCCUCCAGACUCAGAUUCAACGGGAUAUGCAGGUGAACACCACAAAAUUCAUGCUGCUGUAUGCCUGGUAUUCUUGGCCCAAUGUAGUUUUGUGUUUCUUGGGUGGCUUUUUGAUAGACCGAGUAUUUGGAAUACGAUGGGGUACAAUUAUUUUUACCUGCUUUGUUUGCAUUGGUCAGGUUGUUUUUGCUCUGGGUGGAAUAUUUAAUGCUUUUUGGCUGAUGGAAGUGGGAAGGUUUGUUUUUGGGAUUGGUGGAGAAUCCUUAGCAGUUGCCCAGAAUACAUAUGCUGUGAGUUGGUUUAAAGGCAAAGAAUUAAACCUGGUUUUUGGACUCCAGCUCAGCAUGGCUAGAAUUGGAAGUACAGUAAACAUGAACCUCAUGGGAUGGCUGUAUUCUAAGUUUGAAGCUUCUUUGGGUUCUGCUGGUCCCACAACCCUUGGGGUCACACUGUUGAUUGGGGGUGUUACCUGUAUUCUUUCACUGAUCAGUGCUUUGGCUCUUGCUUACUUGGAUCAGAGAGCAGAGAGAAUUCUUCAUAAAGAACAAGGAAAAACAGGUGAAGUUAUUAAAUUAACUGAUAUAAAGGACUUCUCCUUACCCCUUUGGCUGAUAUUUAUCAUCUGUGUCUGCUAUUAUGUUGUGGUGUUCCCUUUUAUUGGACUUGGGAAAGUUUUCUUUAUACAGAAAUUUGGAUUUUCUUCCCAGGAAGCAAGUGCAAUUAACAGUGUUGUGUAUGUCAUAUCAGCUCCCAUGUCACCAUUAUUUGGGUUCAUGGUGGAUAAAACAGGGAAGAACAUCAUCUGGGUUCUGUGUGCAGUGGCUACCACGCUUGUGUCCCACAUGAUGCUGGCCUUCACGAUGUGGAACCCUUGGAUUGCUAUGUGUCUCCUGGGACUCUCCUAUUCAUUGCUUGCCUGUGCCUUGUGGCCAAUGGUGGCUUAUUUAGUUCCUGAACAUCAGCUGGGAACUGCAUAUGGCUUCAUGCAGUCCAUUCAGAAUCUUGGGUUGGCUAUUAUUUCCAUUAUUGCUGGCAUAAUAUUGGAUACUCGAGGAUACUUAGUUUUAGAAGUUUUCUUCAUUGGCUGCGUUUCUCUGGCACUUUUAUCUGUGGUCUUACUUUAUUUGGUGAAUCAUGCCCGAGGUGGGAACCUAAAUUACUCUACAAGACAAAGGGAAGAAAUGAAAUUUUCUCAUACUGAAUGAGAAGUUUAAAUGACUGUGUCAUGAGAAUGGGAUGCACACACCUUUGAUUUGAAAACCUCUGUAUAUAUUUUUAAUUUAGAGUUCAUUCAUGAGGAAAAAUAAUGAGUGGGAAGUCAUAUUUAUAUUUCAGAUGCACCUAUUUUAAAGUAUGUGAGGAAUGGUGUCAGCCUGUGCCUUUUGUAUUGUGCAUUGCUAAGGAAUUCCGCUUCAGAAUAAAUAGGUGAAUCAACUGUGAACAGUUUAGGAAAUUGCUCUGAAACAUCUAGGUGAAUUUCAGGGAGGAAGUUAAGUAAUAUAAACUAAUAGAUCUUGUACUGAGAUAAAUUUUAAUAAUUACAUUCUGGGGACAUGGUCUUUUGUCUGAUUUCAGAGACUAGGGGAUAGAAGGGCUAUUUCAUAUGGAAUAAAUGGGGAUACUGUACGGGGCAUUCCCUUUGUGAUAAAACGGUAGGGAUUCUCUUUGUGUUUACCACUAGCAGAUUGUGUUCUGCUGCAGGCAGGAAGAUUACAGGAGUUUAUUUCUCUUCUGAGGACCCAAAUCACCUGAGAUACAAUUUUGUAGUAUAAAUUUUGUAUAGUUUUUUCUUAAGGACAAAGUAUUCUUAAAGUAUGAUAGUUUUGUAUCUACAUGAAUAAAUAAAAGCAUUGCAAAAUAGA